AUGGCUGAAUUGAUUGUUCCAAAGAUAAUUGAUCAAUUAAGUGAUGCUCUCAUGAAGCAGCUUGGGGAGAAGGUCAACCUGGUGAUGGGAGUUGAAGAGGAGGUUGCAAAUAUCUCCUCUAAGUUGGCAACCAUUGAAAAAGUGCUGCAUGAUGCAGAGAGACGAAGGCUGAAGGACAGAAGUGUUGGAAUUUGGCUAGAAAUGCUUGAGGACAUAACAUAUGAGAUGGAUGAUGUGCUGGACGAAUGGAACUUCAAGAUUCACAGAGCAAAGAAUGCCAGAACGCAGCCUACACUGCGGAACAAGGUUCGUUCCUUUAUCCCAUCCCUUUGUUCUUGUCUCAAACAACUUCUUGUGCGUAGUGAUAUAGCUCAAAAAAUAAAGAAAAUAAAUGAACAGCUAGAAUUAACUUUGAAAGAGGCAGAUCAAUUCAAGUUUAUUACAAGUGGGGGUAUUCCUAAUUCUCAUGAUUUUCAACGAAUUAUGACUACCUCAAUCAUAGACGAAUCAGAGGUCUAUGGUCGAGAAUCUGAUAUGGAGAAGGUUCUUGACCAAAUAUUUAGGGGCCGGGGUAGUGGAAAGACCACACUUGCCCAGCUGCUCUUCAAUAAUGAUAAAGUGCAGAACCACUUUGAACUUAGAAAUUGGAUCUGCGUAUCAGAUCCUUUCGACCAGAAUAGGGUCGCGAAAGCUAUCCUUGAGAAUGCUGGAAAAAGUCCUCCUGGUUUGUUAGAGUUGGAACCACUGCUCCAACUGUUGAAAGAAACAUUUUCCGGCAAGAGAUUCCUGCUUGUCCUAGAUGAUGUCUGGACAGAGGACGACUCAAAGUGGAAGCCUUUCCAAUACUCUCUCAAGGAUGGAGCUCCGGGAAGUGUAAUCUUGGUAACAACGAGGAGUCAAAGAGUGGCCAGAGUGAUGGGAUCUACUGAUACUCACCACCUGAGCCUGAUCUCUGACUCCGAUUGUUGGCUAAUAAUGCAAAGGAUAGCAUUUGGUGGAAAAUCAGGGGACUUAUGCAAGAAGGUGGAAAGAAUUGGGCAGAAAAUUGCAGAAAAGUGCAAGGGGUUGCCACUUGCUGCGAAGACUAUGGAAGCUUGUUACGGUUCAAAGAUACCGUACAACAAUGGCAGAAUGUUUUGGACAGAUCAUGUGAUAUAUGUAGAAAGAGAGCUUAUUAGGCUGUGGAUAGCACAAGGUUAUGUUCGCCCAAGACGGAGAGGUGAGAGCUUGGAGCUGGUCCUUGAGUACUUCAACAAUUUGGCAAUGGGUUCCUUUUUUCAAGAAAUAGAAAAGGUUGAGGCUUACUAUGGGUUAACUGAAUAUAUGGUGUGCAAGAUGCAUGACAUAGUGCAUGAUUUUGCACAAUUUCUCACAAAAAAUGAAUGUCAUGCACUUGAUGGAACUGGAAGAAAUUCAUCUAGUGAAAGACCACGUCAUCUAACAAUUUUGGAAGAAGGCACUGAGGAGCAGAUGUUUAGUUCUCGAGUCGUUGAUUUUGGACGGCUCAGGAGCUUUUUAACUUUUUUUAAAAUUGGAAGAGUAGUAGUUCCCCAAAAUCUAUUCUGCCAUUUGAAGUGCGUGAGGACUCUGACUUUAAGAAGUUGUGGGCUAGAUGAAAUCCCAGCCGAGAUCGGAAGGUUGCUUCAUCUACGACACUUGAACUUGAGUGGUAAUCCUUUCAUUACACUGCCAGAAGCUAUAUGUGAUCUCUAUUAUCUGGAAACUCUGAAUAUCAUUUUUUGUGAUAAGCUUUCGUGCCUUCCUGAAAGGAUUGAAGGUCUUGUACACUUGAGGCACCUUUUCAAUGAGAACACCGAUGAUUUGCGUCAAAUUCCACAAGGACUCGGGAAGCUGACGUCACUUUGUACUUUGGGUGGGUUCAUCGCCAGGAGCAACUCUGAUGAUUUGGCAAUUCUGAAGGACCUGAACCAACUGGAAAGAUUGGUCAUUGAAAUCGAAGGAGAAGUAGAUUUUGGGAGUGCAAAACUUGGCAAGAAAAUCAACAUGCGUGAAAUGUUUUUGUUCUUUAGCGAUGGGACCCACUUUAUAGAAACUCCAAGUUGCAUUGAAAGCAUGGAACCACCUCCAAACUUGGAACAACUUGCGCUAGUUGGCUAUCCAGGAGCCAAGUUACCAACUAUCAUCCCUAGAAGAGCUCAAGCUCAUGGAAGUGGAAGAGCUAGAAUGUUUGGGUAA